AAUACCAUAAGUCAGAAAUUUUUUGCGGUAGAAUGCAGCCUAAUGUAAUAAGGGAGCUAGCUGAUUUGUAUGGCUUCAAGGUGGGAACCCUUCCUGUUAGAUACCUUGGGGUACCACUUAUAACUGGAAGACUAACAGAUGCUGCUUUAAAACCUCUCAUCACUAAAAUCACUGAUAAAAUCAGUUCAUGGACUUCCAGAUAUCUGUCAUUUGCAGGGAGAUUGCAGCUUAUUUCAUCUAUUCUUCAGAGCAUAACAAACUUUUGGUGUUCUAUUUUCAUUCUGCCAAAAAGAGUAAUUAAAUCAGUGGAGGGAAUUUGCAAUGCUUUUCUUUGGAAAGGUAGAGCAGCUGAUGCAAGAGGAGCCAAGGUAACUUGGGCAACAGUAUGUCAACCAAAGAUGGAGGGAGGAUUAGGCUUGAAGCCUUUGCAUAAUUGGAAUGUGGCUUGCAUUUUGUGAUUUAUUUGGCUGCUGUUCACAAAGGCAGGCUCUAUUUGGGUUGCAUGGGUGCAAACAUAUUUGUUAAAAGAAAAGAGUUUCUGGUUAGUAGGAAUUCCAGCAGACACUACUUGGAGUGGGAGAAAAGUCCUAAAACUUAGAACAUAUGCUAGACCUCUCAUGAAGCAUAUAGUAGGUAAAGGUGACACUAUUUUUCUCUGGUAUGAUUCUUGGCAUCCCAAGGGACCUCUUAUUGAAGUAUAUGGGCAGAAAAUUAUAUGGGAUGCAGCCAUUCCCUCUCAAGCAAAACUGUCUCAUGAAAUCCAGGGGGAUUAUUGGAAAUGGCCUCCUGCUAGGUCCCCUGAACUGCAGCAGAUUCAAAUGGCUUCGUGUGGAACGUUAUAUCCUAAUUAAGCUAUGGAGGAUCAGGUUGUUUGGUUGGGUUCUCCAUCAGGUUCUUUUCAAACAGGUGCUACUUGGAACUUCCUUAGAGAAAAAAGAUCUAAGGUACCCUGAUUCAGACUCAUUUGGUACUCAAAUUCUAUUCCCAAACAUAAUUUUAUUGCUUGGCUGGCUAUAUUAGAUAGACUCUCUACCAGGUCUAGACAGAAAAAUUGGUCUUCUUCCAUUGAUGACACUUGUGUGCUAUGUGGGAAUGCAAGUGAAACUAGGAACCAUCUCUUCUUCUCCUGUCCCUACACUACUCAUAUUUGCGAAAAGAUUUCUUCUAUGCUGGAAAUCCUAUUAAACUUUGUUCGGCAAGAUGCUUUGGAUUGAUUAUGUAAGAGAGUUAAACAUAAGGCUUUGUACAGCUCUCUUAUUAAAUUAGCUUGGUGUGUAUCAAUAUAUCAUAUCUAGAUCGAAAGAAACAGCAGGAUACAUAGACAGCUAUACAGGUCUCCUUCUGCAAUAAUUGAUAUGAUUCAAA